AUGACCACGCAACCAUUUUCAACGGAUUUCCGGCCCACCUACUGGACCGUCGAAUACAAGCGCUUCGGACCGGCCUACGAUGAAUCGGUGGAGAUUUUGAAAAAGUUGGAGGAGGGAGAGGAGAAAUUGAUGGAUAUUCUGGUGAAAGUGACGUUUGUGGAGAGAAAUCUGACGAUUAAUGGAGAGCAAACCGCCGGGGAACUGUACGAGAAUCUUGUGGAAGCCGUCGGAGAAGCAGAGGUGAGAUAUUGUCGGAUUUGAAGACGGGACAACUUCCAAGAGCUAUAGUACUCUUAGAAGUGGCGGUACGGAAAUAGUGUCAACUACAAAAAUAUAGUACUUGACAAGGCAAACAGUUUUGUAGUUGACCAUUUUUUGGUACAACCAGUCCCAAAGAUACUACAGCUCUUGGAAAUUUGCAUAAACUUUUUGCGCAGUCACAACUUCCAAGAGCUACAGUACUCUUAGAAGUGGCGGUACGGAAAAAAUGUCAACUACAAAAAUGCAGUACUAGACAUGAAGAUUCAAGAUUAUAAGUUGUUUCUGGACUUUUCUGUACAUUUUGACAAAUUUCCCCGUUUCUAGCCUGGUCCAUUCGCCUCCGCCCACGCACUUUCCGUCUUCUGCCAGUCAAUGUCGCCAAUUUUUCUGCUGAACCCACUGGACAACAAAUUCCGCAAUUCGGGAAGAGGAUUCCGUCUUUUCGUCCAAUUCAUCUUCAAACAACUUCAACACGGACGCACUAUCGGCGAUGAGGACAUGCACGAAAUGUAGGCCUCUUUAAGUUGAUUAUAUCUCAGUUUCCUGUGGAGUAAUGGCAAAGUUGUCAACUAAUAAAAUGUUCAUUAACAAAUUCUCUACAUUUUAUUAGUUGACCACGUUUUGAUAUCUCCACAGACAACAUGAAUAUUUCAGUUUGAACAUGUUCUACGACACAUUCGACGAAACGACGUCCGAUUUUUCGAAGAAAGAAGUGCUCCUGGACUUUAAAAGUUUCCUGAGCUUGAGCAUUGAGGUUCCGCUUGGUUUUUCCUACGGUAAGUGCCAAAAAAACAUAAAAUUCCCCCAAUUUUGUUAAUUUCCAGACGCCGAAACGUGUCUCCUUUCGCUCAAACCCAAAGCAUCCACGCAUCUCCCACUGAUCCUUCCGAUCCUCGCCACCACGUUGGAUUCCUUUGCCGACACGCUCGACAAGUCUCGAAUUGAGCGGGGUGUCAUCAAAAUGACGUCGAGAGGGUACAAGAAUCACCGCGGAACCUUCUUGCCACAAAAAGUCGUUUGUUUGUUUGAGCCCAGCGAUUUUGAGGUAAAGGAUCGGAAGAAAGUGGAGAUUCCCAGACAAAUGGUGAGGGUUUCACAUUAAAUUUAAGUUUUCGACACUGGUAUUGUCUGAAAUUGACCCAAACGCCUUCCAACUCAAUUUUCAGUACUACGUGGAAGCGGCAGUGACUCCGAAUCGGCCGAAAGACCAUCUACGCGCCCACCUCCUCAAACCGUUCAAUCCGUUGAUGUACGCGACUCGAUGCGAUCCGCUUUCGAGAAAUUCGACGAACUUUCUCGAAGAUGUCAACGUCUCCGAGCCGCUGACUUUUAGCGAUUUGAGCGAUCGGGCCGAGGCGGCGAAGAACGAUAUUGUCGUUUCGAAAAAGUUGGCAGUUGUGAGAAAGAAUCAAUAA